AUCUCCAGGAUGACACACCUGAGUUGCAAGAGAAACUGGAAAUGCUCAAUAGCAUCAUGGACCAGGAGGUGACCUCGUAUCGGGAACAGCAGAAAAGACCACUUCAUACAUUAAACUCAGGUGUCUCGGAGGACAGUGACUACACGAGUGAUGUGGGCUACCCAGUGUCUGCACAGCAGUCCCAACAGCAACACCCAAGUGCCUCAAUGCACCAUGCCAACAGUUCAGCAUCGCAAUAUGGAGCCCAGAAUUUGGCCCGGGGAGGAACCACACAGCUUCCCACCACAUAUGCUGACUCCAGUGCCGACUGCUACCAGGAGCCCCUCUACUACAACAGCCGCCCUCCGCAGAGAACCAGGGAUUACGAUAGAGAGCCAUCUAGGAAGGAAUGUCGACUGCAGCUAUGAAGACUCUCCUCGAAGCUCAACACGUUACGACGAUCGUGAAGAUGGCCGGCGUCGCCAGGGCUGGGAUGCUGGGCCUGACUCACCUGCCUAUCCCAAGCGGCACCUGGCCCAGCGGCCAAGCCUGGAGCGUCAGGCCAGCUUUGAGAGGCAUGGCUUCGAUGACCCAUAUGACUACCCAGACACGCCUCAAGGGAAGGGCUACCCAAUGCACCAAGACAGCUAUGAAAGUUACCGUGAAUGCUCCCCUCCCUUGUCGCAUGUCGGUGACUGGAAUUAUCCGCAGGAAGACCACUACUAUCCGCACGAAUAUAGCCAAGAACACAAUUGCUGGACUGAAGAACGUACAACUCCACGUCGUGACCUUCCUCGCCAACCACAGCCUGGCGUAGGAGCAGACAGGCGAACAUACGGUGGCUAUGACCGUGCUGGUUUCUUCAGUGGUGCAGACCGGACUGAACCCUAUGCACCAUUUUCACCUGUCGAUAGACCUUCUGCCAUACCAGAGUUUUCACCUACGCACGAUGAUGAAGAUGCUGCUACUUACAUAGAAUACCCAGAUGGACAAAUGGUGGUUGAAUACCCAGACGGUAAAGUUGUAGAGUACGCAACAGAUUCUGUGAUGCCGCGGAAGGAAGUAUAUGGGGACAUUGCCCCCACAGAUGUUGAGUACAGCACCAGCCACGCUCUUGGAAAGCCAUUGCCGGAACCUGAGCCUCCACCUGUUGUGGUUGAUGAGCCGUCAGCUCGACGGCCAAGCUUUUAUGGUGUGGCUGAGGCUGAGCGUAGCUUUGAGCCAUCAAGCCCAGUUAUCAAAACGUCAACAUUGACUGUCGCAACGGAAGCGAGAAGACGGAGCUUCAAUGAGCCACCAAAGCAGUUGACGCCCGUCUAUGAAUCGUCAAGUCCACGAAGCGAAACUGAAGUUGUAACUGGAGGAGGAGGAGGAGUAGUAUGUGGUGAAACGCGAGGAGGAUCAUUUAGAAGACGACCAUUUUACGAGACAAGUGAGCCGACGACACCUUCCUUCGAACCGAGAAGCGAACCCGCGAAGCGGAAUGGGAUGGUGCCGCACAUUGAGGAGCCAUCACCUCAGCUCACACUGGAUGCUGUGGUACCUGCAGCCGAACCAGUUCCGGAGAAGAGGUCUGGUAUUUCAGUAACAUUCCAUGAAGAAAGCAACCGGGUCUACCCUGGCCCAACCGAAGAAAUCGUGGUGGAACCACCUGAACCGGAACCGGCUGUAGCCAAAGCCACUUCACUGACCGCUUCACUGCUUGGCGAUGACGACAGGCCUCCCUUGGUUGCAGUGACAGCAGAGCCUGGCAUGUCGAAAGCGAAACUGCACUGGCUCUCUGCAUUCAACCGUAUCGUCAAUCAACUGAACGAGCAGAGUGGAGGCGCUCUUAGGUCAAGCAGUCGUGAUGGACCCAAGAGCUUGUGGCCUCGCAGUGGAGGGCCGGAGCAUAAUCCAUUCUACAGCAACAUCGACUCGAUGCCUGAUAUCAGGCCUAGAAGAAAGUCCAUUCCUCUUGUCAGCGAGUUGACAAUGGCUGCCACCAAACGGAAUGCCGCAUUGACAUCAGUUGUUCCCCGAACGCAUCCCAACGACGAAGAACUGAAGACGCACGUGUACAAGAAGACGCUGCAGGCGCUCAUCUACCCGAUCUCGAGCACGACGCCGCACAACUUCCAGUCUUGGACGGCCACGUCGCCCACCUACUGCUACGAGUGCGAGGGCCUUCUCUGGGGCAUCACCAACCAGGGCCUUCGCUGCACCGAGUGCGGCGUCAAGUGUCACGAAAAGUGCCGAGACCUGCUCAACGCCGACUGCUUGCAGAGGGCAGCGGAAAAAAGCAGCAAGCAUGGUGCCGAAGACAAAGCUAACAACAUUAUUAUGGCAAUGAAGGAGAGAAUGAAGAUUAGGGAGCGCGAUAAGCCAGAAAUCUUCGAAUUGAUCAGGGCCGUAUUUGGCGUGGAUGUUAAGAGCCACACGGGUCAUCAGAGGGCAGUCAAGCAGAGCGUGCUUGACGGAACCUCCAAGUGGUCGGCUAAAAUUGCCAUCACCGUCAUAUGCGCGCAAGGUCUCAUAGCGAAAGACAAAAGUGGCACAAGCGAUCCCUAUGUAACAGUUCAAGUUGGCAAAACCAAGAAAAGGACACGAACUAUGCCAAGAGACCUGAAUCCAGUCUGGAAUGAAAAGUUUUGCUUUGAAUGCCAUAACUCUUCGGACCGUAUUAAAGUGCGAGUUUGGGAUGAAGAUAACGAUUUGAAGUCAAAGUUGCGGCAGAAGUUGACGAGGGAAUCGGACGAUUUUCUUGGCCAAACAAUCAUUGAAGUCAGAACUUUGAGCGGAGAGAUGGACGUCUGGUACAACCUUGAGAAACGAACUGACAAAUCUGCAGUGUCGGGGGCCAUCCGUCUCCAUAUCAACGUUGAGAUAAAGGGUGAAGAAAAGGUUGCGCCAUACCAUGUGCAAUACACCUGUCUACAUGAGAGCCUGUUUUAUUACUUGUGUGAGCAGAAUGGAGGAAUGGUGAAACUGCCAGAAGCUAAGGGGGAUGAUGCGUGGAAGAUCUACUUUGAGGAAACUGCACAAGAAAUUGUGGACGAGUUUGCAAUGAGAUAUGGGAUAGAAUCCAUAUAUCAGGCAAUGACGCACUUCCACUGCCUGUCAGUCAAAUAUAUGUGCCAAGGGGUGCCUGCUGUGAUGAGCACCCUCCUCGCCAACAUCAAUGCUUACUAUGCACACACGGCUGCAUCGUCUGCGGUUUCUGCCAGUGACCGCUUUGCUGCUUCUAAUUUUGGCAAAGAAAAGUUUGUAAAAAUUUUAGACCACUUGCAUAACUCUCUAAGAAUUGACCUCUCCAUGUACAGAAACAAUUUCCCUGCAUCUUCACCAGAAAAACUGCAAGAUUUGAAGUCUACUGUAGACCUACUCACUAGCAUCACUUUCUUCAGAAUGAAAGUCCAGGAGCUCACGAGCCCACCACGGGCCAGCACUGUGGUGAAGGAUUGUGCGAUUGCGUGCCUUCGGUCAACGUGCCAAUUCCUGUUUGAAAACUGCUACGAGCUGUUUAACCGCGAGUUCCAAGUGGAGCAGCCUGACAAUAAGGAGGAGGAGCAUGGCCCCAGUGUGCACAACCUUGACUUCUGGCACAAGCUCAUCGCCCUCAUGGUGUCCGUCAUCGAGGAAGAUCGCAACAGCUAUGCCCCCGUGCUCAACCAGUUUCCCCAAGAGCUCAACAUUGGACACCUGAGUGCGCAAACAUUAUGGAGUCUGUUCUCGCAGGACUUGAAAUAUGCUCUUGAAGAGCAUGAGCAGCUGAGGCUGUGCAAGAGCUCAGCCUACAUGAACCUUCACUUCAAGGUGAAGUGGUUCUACAAUAACUACAUCAAGGACAUUCCUCCCUAUAAAGACACGGUGCCUGAAUAUGCUUCGUUGUUUGAACCUUUUGUGAUGCAAUGGCUCAAUGAGAAUGACGAUGUUUCUCUAGAAUACCUCCACAGUGCCUUCCUACGUGACAAAAAAGAUGGCUUCCUGCAGAGUUCGGAGCAUGCCCUUUUUUCCAAUUCCGUGGUGGACGUUUUUACACAACUCACGCAGUGCUUUGACGUUAUUAGCAAGCUAGAAUGCCCAGACCCCGAGCUUGUGAAGCGCUACAUGAAGCGUUUUGCCAAGACAAUUGUGAAAGUCCUGACGGCGUAUGCAGACAUCGUGAAGAAGGAAUUUCCAAACUAUGUCCUGCAGGAAAAAACUGCUUGCAUUUUGAUGAACAAUAUUCAGCAACUGAGGGUACAACUUGAAAAGCUUUUCGAAUCCAUGGGAGGAGAAAAACUUGAAGCUGACGCUAGCAACAUACUCAAAGAGCUUCAGCAGUCACUAAAUGGUGUCCUGGAUGACCUUAGCAUAGUUUUUGCCAAAAGCCUGGAGCCAACCAUCAAGCAAAGCAUGGGUGAGCUCAGCUCCCUUCUGGCUGGAGUCAAAGGCAGUGGCCAGGUUUCCAUGAACCAAACGUCCCAGCGCAACGAGGUAGCAGCCGAGGCGGAUCACGUGCUGCACCCUCUCAUGGACAUUCUCGAUGGCAAGCUGACCAUGUUUGCUCAGGUCUGUGAGCGCACCGUGCUCAAGCGUUUGCUCAAGGAACUCUGGAAGAUUGUUAUGCACACAAUGGAGAAAACGGUGGUGCUUCCGCCAAUGGGAGAGAAGAACAUGAUCCUUCCCAACUUGCCCAAUGCCAAAAUUGAAGACGUGUCACGGCUCUUUCGUAAUCAUGUUGCUGCCAACAAACUCCCCACACUGGGUGUCAUGGAAGUGGAGAAGAACCUAACGCCAAAGCAAUGUGCUGUGCUGGAUGUGGCGCUAGACACCAUUAAGCAAUACUUCCAUGCGAACGGCAAUGGCCUCAAGAAGACAUUCUUGGACAAGAGCCCUGAGCUUCAGAGCCUACGAUAUGCCCUUUCCCUUUACACCCAGACCACAGACACCCUCAUCAAGACCUUCGUCUCUACACAAACCAAGCAAGAUCAACCGAGUGCUGAAGAAGGAAGUGUUGGAGAAGUGUCGGUGCAGGUCGAUCUUUUUAUGCACCCUGGAACUGGCGAGCACAAGAUCACUGUAAAAGUGGUGGCUGCCAACGACAUCAAGUGGCCCAACACCAGCAUGUUCCGUCCGUUUGUGGAAGUGAAUAUCAUUGGGCCAAACUUGAGCGAGCGGCGACGAAAACAUGCCACAAAGUCCAAAAACAAUAACUGGUCCCCUAAAUACAAUGAAACCUUCCACUUCAUGAUGGGAAACGAGGAGAGCCCAUCGUCGUACGAACUGCAUAUCUGCGUCAAGGACUACUGCUUUGCCCGGGAGGACCGGCUAGUAGGAGUUGCCGUGAUGCAGUUGCGGGACAUCAUGGAGCAGGGCAGCUGUGCCUGCUGGCUGCCCCUUGGAAGGCGCAUUCACAUGGACGAGACCGGAUGGACCGUACUGCGGAUACUCUCGCAGCGAACCAAUGACGAAGUCGCCAAAGAAUUUGUGCGCCUCAAGUCAGAAAUGCGCACCGAUGAAAACAUUCCUAGGAGCUAAUUGUGCCGAACAGCACCAGUGCUGCAGGAGAAUACUAGGUCAAGCAACUUCUCAUCAAGCAACACUCACAUUGCCAAGUUAUGCAAGAAAAGAGAGCGUAUCACACUAAAUAUAUUGAAUGAUGAACAACAAAGACUAGGUAAUAAAGUCACUGGGUAUGCAAUAGACUACUGAUAAUUUGAGCAUUAUAGGUGGGCAUUAUAGGCUAGUAGGAGUUGCCGAUUUCUGCUGUUAUUGAUGAAUCGUUUUAAUUCCUGGACUGAAUCCAGUGUGUUCACUAGAGUCUGUGUGUGUGUUUAAAGUCGGUUUGGCUGGAGUUAUCAGCAGUCCAUUGUGAAUUCUAGAUGCAUACGAUGCAGCUAGUGCAGUGCUGCCCAUUUCCCGAGUGGCAAGAGAUUAGAGUUCAAACUGUGAUAGGGAAGAUGUUUAUUGUACAUAAGCUUAACACAGCUCUGUAGAGCAUUUGAGAAUGGAGCCGUUAAUUUCUCCUCCAAGUGCUCUAUGUGGAUCACUGUACCUCGUGCUUGGUUAUGUUUCUCAUGUGUGAGUUUGGACUGAGACAUCCCAUCACGCUGGAUAUAGGCAGACCUAUACUAGUUGUAUCUAGUGUAGCAUAGAUCUACCAGGUGCCACCGUACUGCAAAGAUUUUGGUUGUUGGAUUCAGCAGCUGGAAAUAAGUUGCAUUGCUGAUCGCAGCAAAAACACAAGAACCUGGGACAGCAUGAAGUUUAGCUAUGCCUCAGGGCGUGGCUUUUGGGCUUGUCAGUGUAAGCCCCUACUGUUUGCAGUUAUGAAUGAGCUUUUCUUGAUGAUGUUCACUGCACACUGUGUUUGUAAUCUGUACAAAUCGGUCUUAUCCUGCUUCUGUGUGAGCAUUCGCCAUUGAGAAGCAGCCACAGAUUGCUUGUUGUUUUAGCCCUGCCCUCACUUAGUACAGCAGUGCAGAGAGUUUCUGUUCAAGCUGUGUGAUGUUUUCUUUACAAGCUCUGGUAUUGACAAAAUUUUACCCUGGGCAUUUCAGGACGUUAGUUGACCUGUGGCCACCACAGGCGCUACAUGUGGCAAGCUUUAGUGAUACUUGUGAAUAUGGUUUUCAAAAGUCAGUUACAGCCACUGGUGCAUUAACGAAAGUGUAAAUACUGAGACGCCCUUUUGGCCACGCUACCAUUCGUCAGGUAAAGCUGGCGUGCAUAACGAUGCUUUGUCAAGAAACCAGGAAACCGUUGGUUUAGUGACAGGGCAUGCUGGAGUCACUGUGUAGCUUUGGAAUGUUGUCUAAUGAUGCAUUUCAACCAGAACUCAACCUGCAGAUCAUAAUCUUUCAAUUAAUAACAUAGCAUUUAGAUACAUGGUUUAGAGUGCCUUUUGUUUUAUUUAACACCUCUCUUUGUUCCCAUAAACUUCACAUCAAUCUACGAGAGUAUUCUCUGAUUGUAGCUUCACUUGUGUCAUACAGCUAAUGUGCAUUCCAGUGUUCUCAUUGCGGAUUGUACUGUGAUGACUUCAUGACUUCAUCAGUGGUCACCACAUGGCCACACUGCCAUCAAAGUUUGAAAGGAAGUGUAGCAGUUGGUAUAUUUUUAUUUCUCUCUGGAACUGUCAGUUUCAAGCUGCAGCACACUUUGGCCUGGCCGAAAUGGCAAAAGAACAUUUCACCUGCAGGAGGCAGAAAAGAAGCUUGAUUCCAACCUUAUUUUUUAAACUGUUGGCACAUUUCUGCAAUCUAUGAAGCUAUUCAGUGACUUUAGUUUGUCUUCCAGUCAUUCAUUUCCAUUUCACUGCUCUGCAGCAGAAUCAAACCAUUGUGGUCUCGCGCCGGAGGUUUGGUGUGUACAAUAAUGCCGCUAUGGUUGUGACGCUCAACUUACGAUACCACCAUAUGACACACACUCCUUUUCUGAAGGCACAUUGUUAGGCUGGCCUAUUACUUGGAAAGGUGUGUUACCCCUUCGCUUUUUCAUUGAGUGUUUUGACUGAAGGAGCAAAUGUACGGGCGAGUGUUCUGCAAAAAUGUACUGAAGCAUGUGCAUGGCAACAUGGCCAGUGACCAGCGAUCUUGAUGUGGCCUUAAGUGUUUAGUGCAAUAAACGGCCAUGUCUUAGUUUGUCAACUUCCAGUAAGCACUAUGUAAUGGGAAAUCAGUAGCAUGUUUCUCUCGCACUGACUCGCCACAAAAACUAGUGUCAGUCCUGGAAUUGAAAGAGCAAGUUGUUGUGGGCUGUCACAAGUCUUUAGAAACAAAAAAUAGUGCAAAGAGGGGCGACUUCAUAAAACCAGAAGUUGAGUUGUAGUGGGAGGGGCCUUGUAUUCCAAGUGGACUAUGUUUGCUUUUGUUUCUUUGUUUUUUCUUUGUACAGUGGACCAUUGCUCUGAAAAAAUUAAUGGUAGCCUGGUUCUGCAGGAGCACCACAUAUGAAAACUAAAUGCUUCGUGCAUUUUUCAUACAACCCCGUAUUUAUCAGCUCAUGCCACAUAAUCAAAACGUGCUUCUGCAUUCAUUGUUACAUCAAGGCUAAUGUGCAUGCAUUUCACCCUGGUGAGAAAAGGUGUCCUGCUGGUACUAUACAGAGAUCAAACGUUGCAUCAGCAAAACUUUACAGGUAGGGACAUACUCGGAAACUGUCUGUACAGCUGAGACGAAGCCCUACUCAUCACUUGCCAUUGGCACAGACAUGAGUAAUUACCUGUUACAUUUGGUUGUGAAAUAUUGUUGCUCUCAGUCCACUGUAACCAAGUCCCUAGCUUAUCCCCCAAAGCAGGUUUAUGGCUCUAUUACAUGUUUGCCUUCAAAAGGCACAAAACACCUUUGCAGCACUUUUGCUUCUGUGUUCAUUACAACACGCGAGCAGCUGAUCCUGUUUUAAUUUCCCAGUCGUCACGUGGAGAGCUUGCAGUUGUUAAUCCCUGUCAGUUGCCUUCAUUGCAAACUGCUGGCUUCUAUCAUCAUACUGCAUAUCUGUUUUCAGGUUCAUCAAGGCAUGAACACAUCUAUCAUUUUUGCUGCCUGUGUGGUGCAAAAUAAAGAGUCAGCAGUUUGCCACUGUUACAGAGACUCCCAUAAAACCUGGCGGGUCUUGCCUUAGGGCCAUGAUGGCACAAGAAAAUGGUUGUAACCCAUUAUACCCAGCAUCUGUAAACUGCAAGUGCAAAUGUUCUCCCUGUUUUGACUUACCUUUCUCCUGUCAUUUGUGUUAACAGUGGGAAAUAAGAAAUGCAGCCUCUUCAUCAUGUUCACUUAGGCACUUGUGCAUGUUCUGGUUUUUCAUUUUUUUUAGCUCUCUGGUCACGUGUGCUUACCACUGUCCUUGUGUGCAUGCAUGAAUAACGUGGAGUGUGAUGCCAAGACACAAAUACCCAUACACACACAUACACAGACACAUCUAAGCUUGGUCCUUGAAAUAACUCUUUUUCUAACAACCAGAGAAUGGAAUCUUAGUCCUCUGUGCAUGCUCUUUGUAAAUAUGUCAAAUGGGAAGGAAAAAAAACUUUUUGUGGAUUUACAAUAAAACUGAAAAUAACUGUACAGAUCUUUUUUGGAACCCGGAAAGAAAAAAAAACCUCUCGGGAUAAUCUCGUUGUUAAACUCUGUUGAACAAUGUUCAAUAAUGCGACUUUGUCGUUGUGCCCUUGGAAGCACCUUCCGUGGGGCUCAGUGGAGACUAAUAAAGUUGAUAUAUUGAGUUCAA